AUGCCACUCCUCGCCCCCUUUUCCCAAGGCCUCUCCUCCCUCGCCCGGCUGGAUCACAAAUGGGGAAACCGAGUUUCAAGGGAAAAUGAGGGAUCGGAAAAACCUCUGUUGAGUCUUUUGUUGGACGUCUUUCUGCGUACAUGGGAUCUAGGCUUUACAGCCUUCGGAGGACCGCCAGUACACUUCCAGAUACUACAUAGCAGGUUCGUGGAGGGAAAGGGCGACAAGGAAAAAUGGGUAGAUGAGCAGACUUAUCAGGAACUCUUUGCUAUCUGCCAGGGUCUUCCUGGUCCCGGCAGCACGAAGAUGGUUUUCUGCCUAGCCCUAUUACAUGCAGGAUUUAUUCCUGCCAUGCUUGUGUUUUUACUUUGGAGUCUUCCUGGCGCAAUUGGCAUGUAUGCCCUCUCACUUGGGGUGCAAAAAAUGAGUGAAACUCUUCCCGAACCUGCCUACGCCUUACUUUCCGGCCUCAACGCCUCUAUAGUAGGUAUCGUUGCACUUGCGGCCGUACAGUUGGCCGAAAAAGCUAUUCGCGAUAAACUAUCCCGCAUCCUUGUCAUCUUUGGCGCAUGUGCUGGUCUAUGUUACAAUGCGCUCUGGUAUUUUCCCGUGCUGAUGGUUAUUGGUGGCUUUUUCACGAGCCUCUGGGAUGGAUGGUUGUAUCAACGAUUUUUGAGAGCAAAAAUCGCUUGGAAGAACAGAUAUCGUCGUCCUCAACAACCGGACGAGGCAUAUGGGGACCCUAUCGCCAUGGACGAUACAACCCUGGAAAAUAAUAGAGUGCAAGGGAGUGAGACGACGCGAUCACGAAGGACGGAUCCUAGAGUUGAAGGACUACCACAGAGCACAGUUGAUACUACAAGCCCAACGCAGUCCGCUGAAGCUCCUUCACAGCAGCACAUUAUCCGGAUUCAGGUCGGAGUUUUGAUUACCUGUCUCUUUUUUGCCUCCUUCAUCUCAAUUCUUGUUGCCAGAGGCCAGAUCGCCGCCCCCCCACUGGUCCUCGACCUCUUUGCCAAUAUGUAUCUUGCUGGCACUGUCAUCUUUGGUGGAGGUCCUGUUGUCAUUCCCCUCUUACGCUCCUAUGUCGUCGAUCCCGGUUGGGUCUCUAGUAGAGACUUCCUGAUCGGCCUUGCCAUUAUUCAAGCCUUUCCCGGUCCCAACUUCAACUUCGCUGUCUUCUUGGGGGCGUUAGCACUCCAGGGCUCGCAAUUCCCGACCGUCUUCGGUGCGUUCCUCGGCGGUUUAGGAAUCUUCCUUCCGGGAAUCACGCUAGCCGUUGCAAUCCAAAGCUUCUGGCGUGUGUUGCGGAAGAAGAAGUACGUGGUCGACUUCCUCAGAGGAGUGAAUGCCACUGCAGUGGGGCUAGUAUUCACAGCUGUAUACCGGCUGUGGGAGAUUGGAUACUUGAUUUCUGAAAGAAGCGACGGACAGAGUCUGGGUAAGGAACCAUGGUGGGUGGUUGUUGCGGCGGUAACAUAUUCAGGGAGUGCUUGGUUCAAUGUGCCCCCAUCCGUGGCAAUUGUAAUGGGUGCUAUCUUAGGGUUAUCCUGGUAUGGAGCAGUGGGGCGAUAG